AUGGCCGACGACAGGCAUACUCCCUCACCGGGCCCUUUACGACCACGGGCGCCCACCAUCACCAUCGACACAUCCGCUACCAACGACAUGAAUAUGGGAGAAUCAGUACCUCUUGGAGAAUUACAAGAUGAUAAUAAUAGGGCAUCAACACAAUCCAACGCGGAUAAUAUCUCACCGACGCAUACAAGGCAGCCGUCACAGGAGCUGCGCAAUGUGAGCUCCUUCGAUAGUAAAGAGAGUAGACCAACGAGCCCUCAUAAUGUCUCGUCGCCAGUUCAGGGAUGGAAUAACGCGGGCCUAUUGAGUGUGCCAGGUGCCCGCUCUCGAGGAAACUCGAUGGACUCUGCGACCGAGAAUGGAGAGUCUAAUUCUAGUGGUACCUAUGUCACAUCUACCAACGGCGAUCACCUCAGAGGAGAGAUGGCCCCGACUGAGAUUAUGAACGCUAAAGAUGCCUUGAAGCCCGAUCCUGGCACAGAAGCAGACUUCCAAGUCGAGAACAACAAGUUUGCUUUUACGCCUGGCCAUCUAGGAAAGCUGUACAAUCCGAAAAGUCUUAGUGCCUUUUACGCCCUCGGAGGACUUGACGGCAUUGAAAAGGGUCUUAGGACUGAUAGGAGGGCUGGUUUGAGCGUCGACGAGCAGCACCUAGACGGCGCAGUGACUUUUGAGGAAGCUACCACGGCUAGCACGACACAGACCUCCCCCAAAAUCGCAUCUAAUGGCGUUGGAACCACUGAUCCCACGCCUACCGGAGAAAACACCUUUGCGGAUCGGAAACGCGUCUACAGCGACAACAGGCUCCCUGUUCGUAAGCCCAAAAACAUCUUCCAGUUAGCAUGGAUGGCCUACAACGACAAGGUUUUGCUUUUACUGACUGCGGCGGCCAUCAUCUCACUUGCACUUGGUUUAUACCAAACUUUCGGGGUCAAACAUAAGCCUGGCGAGCCGAAAGUCGAGUGGAUUGAAGGUGUCGCCAUUAUUGUCGCCAUUGUGAUUGUCGUCGUCGUCGGUGCUGCGAAUGACUGGCAGAAAGAACGUCAGUUUGUCAAGCUUAACCGGAAGAAGGAAGACCGAACGAUCAAGGUCGUUAGGUCAGGAAAGACGCGCGAGAUUUCCGUCUAUGAUGUCUUUGUUGGCGACGUUGUCAAUCUGGAACCUGGAGACAUGAUACCUGUCGACGGUAUCCUCAUCCAAGGUCACGGUAUCAAGUGUGACGAGUCCUCGGCUACCGGUGAAUCUGACCUGCUCAAGAAGACGCCUGGAGAUGAUGCCUUCAAGGCCAUCGAGAGGCACGAUAAUCUGAAGAAAGUUGAUCCCUUCAUUCUUUCUGGUGCAAAAGUCUCGGAAGGCGUAGGAUCAUUUCUCGUCACCGCUACCGGUAUCAACUCAAGCUACGGAAAAACCAUGAUGUCUCUGCGCGAGGACAGCGAAGUCACUCCGUUGCAGUCCAAGUUGAAUGUACUCGCCACAUACAUUGCCAAACUCGGUGGAGCAGCUGCCUUGUUACUCUUCGUUGUUCUCUUCAUCGAGUUUCUCGUUGGCCUCAAGAGUAGUGGUGCUACGCCUGCGGAAAAGGGCCAGAACUUCCUUGACAUUCUCAUUGUUGCCAUUACCGUUAUUGUCGUCGCCGUUCCUGAGGGUCUACCUCUCGCUGUCACCCUCGCGUUGGCCUUCGCUACUACCCGCAUGCUCAAGGACAACAACCUAGUCCGACUGCUCCGAUCCUGCGAAACCAUGGGAAACGCAACGACCAUUUGCUCCGACAAGACGGGUACACUGACGCAAAACAAAAUGACAGUCGUUGCUGGCUCGCUUGGGACAGCCCUCCGCUUUGGAGAUCACAAGUUGAAGGCUUCUGGAGCACCUACUCCUAUAGACGACGGCAACAAGGGUCAGGAUGUUGUGGAGUCGCCCGUGGAAAACCCCAAUGACGUAUCGGCGACCGAGUUCGUGUCUACUAUCAGCAGAGAAGUCAAAGAUAUCCUAGAACAAUCCAUCAUCCAGAAUACGACUGCCUUUGAAGGCGAGACAGGAGGACCUGAUCCCUUCAUCGGCUCCAAGACCGAAACCGCCCUUCUCGGCUUUGCACGCGAUCACAUGGGCAUGGGCAGCGUUGGUCAGGAGCGCUCUAAUGCCAAUAUCGUUCAGGUGAUUCCCUUCGACUCGGCAAUCAAGUGCUCAGCAGCCGUUGCAAAACUCAAUGAUGGCCGUUACCGAAUGUACGUCAAAGGUGCUUCCGAGAUCCUUUUAGGCAAGUGCGACAAGAUUGUCACCGAUGCAGCCAAAGAGCUCAAGGAAGCCCCCAUGACUGAGGACAACCGCGAGGCGCUCGAACAAAUCAUUACUACAUACGCCUCCCGAUCACUACGCACUAUUGGUCUCAUCUACCGCGACUUCGAGAGCUGGCCACCGACCGAUUCGCGCAAGAAUGAAGAUGACCCGAGUCAAGCCAUUUUCGAAGACAUUUUCAAUAAAAUGACCUUCCUAGCUGUUGUUGGUAUUCAGGAUCCGCUACGAGACAGUGUUCGUGAAGCUGUCAAGGACUGCCAGCAUGCCGGAGUUUACGUCCGCAUGGUUACCGGUGACAACGUCAUGACAGCCAAGGCUAUUGCCGAAGACUGCGGUAUUCUUGUUCCUGGCGGUGUUGUCAUGGAAGGCCCUACCUUCCGCAAGUUGUCGAAGAGGGACAUGGAUGCCGUGAUUCCCAAGCUUUGUGUUCUUGCCCGGUCCAGUCCGGAGGAUAAGCGCAAGCUCGUCAAACGCCUCAAAGAGCUCGGCGAGACGGUUGCAGUUACCGGUGACGGCACAAACGAUGCUCCAGCACUCAAGACCGCCGAUGUCGGUUUCUCUAUGGGUAUCGCUGGUACUGAGGUUGCUAAAGAAGCAUCCGCUAUUAUCCUUAUGGACGACAACUUUGCAUCUAUUGUCAAGGCCCUUCUUUGGGGACGUGCUGUGAACGACGCUGUUAAGAAGUUCUUGCAGUUCCAAAUCACAGUAAACAUUACCGCUGUCAUGCUCACGUUCGUCUCGGCCGUCUCCAGCAAAGACCAAACCUCCGUUCUUACUGCCGUUCAGCUUCUCUGGGUCAAUCUUAUCAUGGACACGUUCGCCGCUUUGGCUCUUGCGACCGAUCCUCCUACUCGAAGCCUUCUCGAUCGAAAGCCAGAUCCCAAGUCAGCUCCUCUGAUUACGUUGAGAAUGUGGAAGAUGAUCAUCGGCCAGGCCAUCUACCAGCUUGUAGUUACCUUCAUCCUCUACUUUGCCGGCGAAUCCAUCCUAUCUUACCACAGUGACCGAGAGAAGGAGCAAUUGCCUGCUCUCGUCUUCAACACCUUUGUCUGGAUGCAGAUUUUCAACGCUCUGAACAAUCGCCGCCUCGAUAACCGCUUCAAUGUCUUCGAGGGCAUUACCCACAACUGGUUCUUCAUUGUCAUUCUGCUCAUCAUGAUUGGUGGACAGACCAUGAUUAUCUUCGUUGGUGGUGUCGCAUUCUCCGUGACCAGGCUUAACGGAGCUCAAUGGGGAUACUCGAUAGUCUUGGGUUUCCUCUCCCUCCCCGUAGGUGUGAUUGUUCGGUUGAUUCCCGACGAGCUCAUUGAGAAGUGCAUUCCCAACUUCUUCAAGCGCAAGCGCACUCCAGAAGUGGUCGUGUCCGAUGAAGAUUAUCAAUGGAAUCCGGGUAUGCUGGAAAUUCGCGACGAACUUGCCUUCCUCCGCAAAGUCCGUGGCGGCCGCCUCAGCAGCCUCAAGUUCAAAGUACAACACCCUAAAGAGAUCUUCACCAGGUCACGAUCGAGCCAUUCGCUGCCCGGCACUCCGAACAACGGCGUCCAACAAGACGAAGGUUCGCCUGCUCCUCCUACACCCAACAGCCGCCGCCGCGGAAGAUCUCGCUCCAACUCCGCCUUUGGUCCUGCAACUGUUAUGGCUGGUAUUGUUGCAGGCAGUGUAGCCGGUUGGUCGCCGAUUGACCGUGGCACUGGUGACAACGACUCCCUCAAAUUCGGUCGCAACAUUACCAAGCAAGACAUGGAAGCGCAAGAAGGUGUUGAAGUGCAUCCUGACACGAAAUCGACUGAUCAAAUCUUGGCUUCUAGUCCUCACGACUACCGCGGUCCCCCGAGCCAGAACACGGAGACCACGCCUAAUUUCGUAGUAGGACCUUUCGCCGGCGAGUCGAGCGACAAGUCAAGAUAA